AUGGCUUCUUCGUCGAACAACAACCCGGGCCCCAUGUGCUUGAACACGGGCGACGUGAUGCGCCGCAUGCACAAUAUGCUGGCGGCCGACAACGGUGCAUCGCUGAGCACCUCGCCGGCUGUGCUGGGUCUGCUGAGCUCCCGAAAGCAUAUCCACAUCUACGGCAUACGCAUCACCAUCGACGAGCUCCUUCAUCUGGGAGGUCUAAUCCACACAUAUUACCGUCGACUCCCAACAGCGCUUCUCGGCCCUGGAGCGGUCAUUGUCAUCGAUGAUGUUGCCGAUGCCUUUACGAAAGUGACAGCAAUAAAAUCCAUCCACACCAAGCUCAACCGCCUCAUCACGGCGCGUCUGCCACUCGCGCUUGCCCAACACUCGGCCUCGCCGCGUAUCUACGCCUUCGCCCUCCUGCACUUUGCCCAUGUAUACCUGGCUUUCGAGUCGGCAUGGCAGGACUUCAACCACCGCACGCCGACCUACAAUGACCCAGCGCUGUCAUCCCUCCUCGAAGACCCAUAUGUGCCGCAACGCCAUCAUCUGCCCACCUACCAAGCUUCCGACUUGUAUGUACUUGCUCCUCAAGUGAUGACCGUCUACGCUGACGGCUCAUACAACGAGGCGGCGAUCGAAUACGCCGCGAUAUGGAUGGGCCUGCUGCGCGCGGGGCUGGACAAUGGAACCCCGAAGAGAGCAGUGGCAUCGUCGCCAGUGCCGGCAGCAAGCAGUCUGUCCCACAAGCCACGCGUCGAUAACGACAUCGAGACCGCCUUUGAUAUUGAGAAAGAUGCGCACGGCUACCACCCAUUCAUCGAUGCAAGCAAACUCUCCAUGAAGCCGUCAGACAUUCCUUGUCCGCCGCCGACCGAGAAGGAGCGCAAGGACUGGGAUGUUCAAGACAACAAGGCCAAGUUCUGGAGGACAGUGAAGAACACCCACAUCCUUCUGGUGCAGACGACUCUCAAGGCGAGAGACUUCUUCAAGGCUGGUGUUUACAACCUGUAUAGCUACAAUAUCUGGAUCCAGAGAAGGCGUACGCCUUGA